UGGUUUAUUUAUUAAUUUUGUGGUAUUUUUUCGUCAUAAUAAAUUUGGUUUCUUCAAUAAUUUUAGACAUUGCCCUUAAUAUUUAUAAUGUAAGCUAAAUUUUUUUGAAACUCAGUAAGAUUUUUAUUACAUUUUAAAACCUAAUUUUAAUUCAAAAGGGAUACAAAAUUUUAAAUUUAUUUAGCAAAUUCCUUUGUAUUUAAAACUACGUAGGACCAUGAAAGACAUAAUAGUUUUCUGGGCCAAAGUCAAGAAUGCUUGAAGAGUGGGCUCAUUGUAUAAAAAUUAGUCGUAGAAAUAUUUACAGUUAAUGUAGAGUCAAAAUUCAAAAGAAGAUGGCUCAUUUUAGACGCGAUAUUACGUAUAGUGCAUUAAACAAUGAAUUAGUACCACCAUUAGCUAUUUCUGCUGAAAAUGUAGCUGGUUCACCGACUGUGAUAUCGCUAGAUCACGAACAAGACGACUCUACCAAUGUUAUCAUUCACAAAGUACCACAAACAAAGGGAGGAUGGACACAUAUUCAAGAUCUAGAUUCUUUUUUUACAAGAAUGUAUAGAUACUAUGUUAGAGGGGGAUUUUAUCCAAUGAUUAUGUCUGAUAUAUUUUAUUUGUUACAAUUUGUAUUCAUUGUCUGGUUUUCUACAUUCUUAGUGCAUUGUGUUAAUUAUCAGAAACUAUUUAGAAAUGACCCAAAUAUAACCAGAAGUGAUAAACUUAGCUUAAGUGAUGUCAUACUACCAACAACAGAAUGCCGUGCUAGUAUCUCAUGGCAAUGGUGGUGUCUCAUAGUAUUGUGUUUAAUUAUUUGGCUUAUGAGGCUAAUAAUAUCAAUAUAUCAUUUAUAUUAUGCCUAUGAUACAAAACUAUUUUAUAAUAAUGCAUUAAGAAUAAAAGAGAGUGACUUGGCAUGGAUUAAUUGGACAACAAUACAAGAUAGAGUGAGGGAGGCUCAACCAGAACACCAUAUGUGUGUUCAGAAACAGGAAAUCAACGAACUAGACAUUUAUCACAGAAUACUCAGGUUUAAUAACUACAUGGUGGCAAUGGUUAAUAAGAAUUUAUUACCGCUACAAAUACACGUGCCUUGUAUUGGAGACUUUCACUAUUUAUCAAAAGGUCUAAAGUGGAAUUUGGAGUUUCUUCUUUUUUCUAGUCCAUGGAGCCCUUGGGAAAACUGCUGGCAGCUUCGCUCAAAUUACAAAGAUCCGACAAAGAGAAUGAUUUUAGCUCGACAACUCGAACGACAAAUAUUACUUUUGGCUCUUGCUAAUUUUGUACUUGCACCGCUGAUAUUAGCAUGGCAAAUAUUGUACUUUUUCUUCAAUUAUGCUGAGUUAAUAAAGAGAUCGCCAGGGUCACUCGGCCUACGGACUUGGUCGCUUUACGCUCGAAUAACCCUGAGGCAUUUUAAUGAGCUCGAACACGAAUUGAGGGAUCGACUGAAUCGCGCUCACAAACCGGCACUGAAAUAUUUAGCGAGUUUCAGUUCGCCUAUCACAACUGUUAUUGCGAGGAAUAUUGUGUUCGUAUCGGCGAGUAUUCUCGGAGUAUUGGUUGCCCUUUCAGUGUACGACGAAGAUGUAUUGACCGUAGAACAUGUCCUAACAAUUAUCACUAUACUCGGGUGUGUUCUCGCUGGAGCUAGAGCUUUAAUAGGGCUCGAGGAACAUCUUGAUGGUGGAUGCACGGGGCCAACCCGCGGUGAAGAGUUAUUUGUACAAGUGUUGGGAUAUGUGCACUAUUUGCCAGCCGCUUGGAGAGGUCGCGCCCAUACAAAAGACGUGGCUGCUCACUUCCAACAACUGUUUCAGUUCCGAGCGGUCUACAUUCUGUUCGAGUUGCUUAGCCCUCUACUUUGUCCACUUGUUCUAUUAUCACUGCGCGCACGUGCACUCGAUAUAGUGGACUUUUAUAGGAACUUCACUGUCAGCGUCCUUGGAAUCGGAGAUGUUUGCUCGUUUGCUCAGUUGGAUAUCAGACGCCAUGGCCAUCCUGAUUGGCAGACUCCGUUGAAGUAUGAUAAACUAAAAGGUGGCAAUACACAAUAUAAUCAGGGUGAAGGUGGUAAAACGGAAUUGUCUCUGGUCGCAUUCUCUUGCCGACACCCGGGAUGGCAUCCAAGUGAACCUGCCCAAAGACAAUUUUUACGAUCUCUUCGACAGAGUAUGCAUCAUGCUAUACCUACAAACAAUGGCCUGAACAAAACCAUGCUGGGUUCAUAUAUUCAACAAAGUAUAUUCGGCGUGAAUACUCCAUUACCUGCAGUGCUCUCCUAUUAUCAGCAGCAGAAAACUCAAUAUCGACUACCGGACAUGGAUGAAACGAGUGAUGAAGAAGAGGGGGGUCCAAGUGGACAAUCAGUAAAGGAUCAAGGCCUGGCUGGAGCUAGCAGUGCACUAGGCGCCAGCGCGUUAGGUCUUGACCCCACUACCGAAAUGCCAGCAGAUGAAUUGCGAGAUAUAUCAGUCAGUACUCUACACCUCUAUGAUCUUCAUCUCUCACAGGGUGGUGGCAACGUAUCGUGCUGUACGAACAAAUGCAGCGAACGACCAUCUCGUUGGUCAAGCGGUGAGCAAACGCCGCUACUACGUCCUUAACGAUGGUCUAAUUCGCCCCGCGAUAAAGGACCUGUUUGGGUCUAGCCCUGUAUACACGCACUGUCUUGUCGGUACAAAAAAUAUGAUAAAACAUAAUUGAAUAGACGCUACGUUCCAUUUCUAAAAGCAAUACCUAAAUUUAAGUGUGAGCACGAAAUCAUUUGACGUGUGAUAGAAUAUUUUUUAUAUUAAUGAAAUAUUUUCAUAAUUAUAAUACUUAAAAAUAUCACGAACGAGUCUCUAAUCUGUGAACGUGUAUCUAAACGUUUCUAUUUUAUUCGUAUUGACUGACGUAUUAUUCAUACGUUCACAUAUCACUAAAACAUUUGGUCCUUCAAGCCGGAAUUUGUUUUAAAAGAAAACAACUUUCUCUCAGGUUCCAUAUCGAAAAUACUAUCUAGGUUUCUUCUGUCACCUUUAGUGGUUUGAUAGGCACACAAGGGAAAUAUAAUACAAUUUAAUUUUAUUCAGUCGGUGUUCGUGCUAUUGAUUAAAUUGAAUAGCUAUAUCAUGGCUUACAUUUAUUAUUUUGAUUGUAGAAUUUGAUAACGGUUAUGGUAGACAGUCGUAAAUCCAGGGUGCGCAUUGACAUAUUUUUGCAGGGAAUAAAAAAAAAUAUGCCAAUGCUUCGCGAGGGGAUUAUUAAUGAUAUUUUAUUUCUUGACAUUGUUUUAAGUCAUAACUACUUUAGAUUAAGUUUUAUACGACAAAAUUAAAAAUAUUUCGAACGGUACCCUACUUUGCGUCAUGUUUAUAAACGCACAUAUUUAUGCUAAAAACGCGUAGUGAGUGAUUUUGUAAAUACAAUAUUUUAUCAGA